AUGUCUGUCGCUCUCCGCGUCUCUUCUUUUUUCUCAUCCAGAUCACUUCUGGCGUUUAUUACUCCUGUCGCCUUUGUCAUCAGUGUCCAAUGGGCUUCCCACCUUCUCCUCGGCCGGCCGGUGGGUCAGCUAAAGGGAAAGAAUUCCGAGCAAGCGACGAACCCCGGACGACAGGAAACUCCAGCUAAGAAAUAUCCGACCGAGCUUCUGUACGUACACAUUCCCCCUGACGCCGAAGGCCCCGAGCCGGAGUACGGCACAAUCAUAUACAGGACAAAGGGGAAGUUCAUCGACCAAGGGGGCACCGCAAUCAUCGAACGACUACCCUCCGGGGAAGUAGUGAAAACACCAAUACCGAACCCAUAUGUUCCGUUCGAGGAGGAAGACGCCAGGCGAAACAUGCGGUUGGAGGCCGAGAUCUACCACAAACUCGGCAGCAACCCUUACAUCCCGAAGGUCUUUGCGUGGGAUGAGGAUUCAUGUUGCUUGACGAUGGAGUUCAUGGAGCACGGCAACCUCCGCGAGUACGUGAGGAGUCACCGAGAUGCCAUCCCGUCGCAUGUCCGAUUCAAGUGGUCACGACAAGCUGCGGGGGGUCUGAGACUCUUGCACGAGAACAACGUGAUCCACUGCGAUGUUUCCCCAAGGAAUUUCCUGCUCGACCAUGAGCUGGACCUGAAGAUAUGCGAUUUCGGUGGCUCUUCGUUGAACGGCUCCCGCCCGAGUGCUUUUGUGUCUACACGCUACUGCCCGCCCAACUACAGCUGGGACGACUCCCCGCGAUGGAGCGAUGAUGUCUUCUCCUUGGGGUCACUUAUCUACUUUAUUAUGACGGACGAAUAUCCCUAUGAAGAGGUGCAGAGCGACGAGGUUCAAGCGCGGUACAAUUCUCUACAGUUUCCCGAUGUUUCCGGCACCGCAUGUGGAUCGAUUAUCCAGGACUGUUGGCACCAACGGAUCGAUGCAGCUCAAGUCUGUGAAGCUCUCAAACGCCAAUUUCCCUAA